AUGGCUCAGUUUACCAGACCUAUACAAUUGCCUAAAAUUGAUCUAAUUUUAUCCUCUGAUGCUAGUCUUCAGGGCUGGGGUGGCACUGACGGAAACUCUCAAAUAGGGGGGCGUUGGUCUGAAGGAGAAUUAAUACCUGAGCAUAUCAAUACUUUAGAGUUGUUGGCUGCAUUUUUUACACUCAAAGCCUUCUUGAAAAUAAGACAUUAUAGACAUGUUCAGAUAAGAUUGGAUAACAUCACAGCUGUGGCCUACAUAACAAAGAUGGGGGGCCUUCACUCCAUUGCUUGUAAUAAAUUGGCUGUUGAAAUAUGGGAAUUUGCUAGAACAUGUGAUGUUUGGUUAUCAGCUUGUCAUAUACCUGGUGUAUUAAAUACUAUAGCUGAUUAUAAAUCAAGACAAUUUCAGGAUAACAUUGAAUGGUCCUUGAAUGUAAAACAAUUUAACAUAAUUUUCGACAUUUUUUGGAAAUUUGAUAUUGACCUUUUUGCAUCCAGACUCAAUGCAAAAUGUGAGGAAUAUUUUUCUUUAAGACCUGAUCCAGAUGCUAAAGCUGUAAAUGCCUUCGCUCAGACCUGGUCGAAUUUAAACUUUUAUGCCUUCCCACCAUUUAAAUUGAUUGGAAAAGUUCUUGCAAAGAUAAAUAUAGAUCAAGCCACAGGCAUUCUUGUAGUACCUUUCUGGUCUUCGCAGCCUUGGUUUCCUCAAGCAAUUAAUAUGUUAUACAGGACACCUGUGUUAUUUCCUCCUUCAUCUAGAUUAUUGUUUCUACCGGGAACAAAAAAGACAACAUCCUCUACACCAAACCUUGUCGCUGCUCAUGCUGCCUCAUUAUGGAGAGAAGGUACCCAGAUACAAUACUCGGGUCCAAUCAGACGAUGGAUACAAUAUUGCACUAGGAGGUCGAUUGAUCCCUAUCAUCCAAAUGUGAAAGAUGUGUUAAUACACCUUACUGAAUUAUUUAAAGGUGGGUCUGGAUAUAGUGUUUUAUGUACAACUAGAAGUGCUAUUGCUUCAGUUGUUUCAAUCAGUGGUUACAGUUCUCUUUUAGAGCAUCCAUUGAUAAGCCGUUUUAUAAAAGGAGUUUUUAAUAUAAAACCAAGUACCCCCAAAUACUCUUUAAUAUGGGAUACAAAUGUUCUUUUGACUUAUUUAAAGUCUCUUAGUCCUAACAAAGAUUUAUCCUUUAAGGAUAUUAACAUCAAGCUGGCUUGUCUCCUUACUAUUUUAGCAGGUCAAAGAGUUUACAGUGUCCAUAAUAUAUCUGUUCCGUAUAUAGAUUUGACAGACGAUGUGAUGUUAUGUCACUUACCUGGCUUGCGUAAAACAACACGGCCUAAAAAGACUGAUAGGACCUUGAUGUACAGGGCAUUCCCAUCUGAAUCAGAUUUAUGCCCACUCCAAUGUACCAAAGCCUACCUGUCAAAAAGAGAACAAUUGAUAUCUAAGGAAAUUGCUCCGCUUUUUGUAACCUCAUCAUGCUGCCUCUAA